AUGGAGGGCCAAGUCAAACAGGCCGACAAGCAGAGCCCGGGGGGAUACCUCGGCGGUUCAGCGACAUCUCGCACUCCUCACCGGGGGACCCCCCCCAACCGUGCUCUGGCGAUCAAGGCUGCGUGCGACCAAGCAAAAGAGCGACCGGAGUCACUGCAAGAGGAAUGGGAUCAAUUACUGCUAGAAGGACGGGAAUUGGCUCACGAAUCUGCCCCAGAUGAAGAGGCCACUCUAUUGCAUCAAAGCCGGCGACUCCACGCGGCAUGGAGCAAGUUUCGACGCAAUCUCCCCGAAGACCAGCAGAUGCAGCUUGGGGACCAUGAAAGACCAGAUAUCCAAUUUCUCGUGGCCACAGUGACCAAAGCAUCCGCAACAUGGCAGUCGGGGCGAGAAGCAAGCACAGUAGGCAAGGUCAAAUCCAAAUUUCAAAGGCUCUGCGAUAUCUGUGAGAAUCAUAGUUCACUGCUGGCAAUCAUUCCCAAAGAUGAGAAGUAUGUCAGCCUGCUGACGGGGUCUCUCUCUGCCAUCGUUCAGGCUACCAUCAACCACCAGAAUAUCGCCGAGGGGGUGGCUGAUACACUCGACGAUUUGGGUCACGACAUUGACUUCUGGAACAGGCUGAUGGAUGAGCAUAAGGAGAUUCCUGCUCUUCGUCAAUACAUCCGGGAGCUUUAUGUCGUUGUCUUCGAGUUCUUCACUGAGAUAUUCAACAAGUGGUCCAAGUCCAGCUGGAAACGCUUACUGACCAGUUUCGAUGAAGGCGCAUUCAAACAACUUUUCACGUCCAAGAAAGACCAACUGUCGGUCAUUGAGCGCCGCAUGGAACGUCAUGUCAGCCUCGAUUUCCGCCACCGCACGGUCUGGGGACUAGAGAACAUAGAGAAACUCAUGGGGAAACUCUUAGGCAACUUCCCGCGCCAACUCGACGAGCAAAGAUUGUUCCUCGACGAAUUUCUUCAAAAGCUUCAAGUGCAACAAUCGUUCCCUCUCCAAACACCCCAGCCAGUCUCAGUCACGAGUAUGAUCACAGGCAUAGAGGGUGAUGACAGUGAACCCCCAUACCCAGAAGUCGAGGCUGAUCCAGCCCCGCGAACGCAUUUCUGGUUCAUCCGGACCGAAAUACAGGCAGAGCUGGCCAUUUUCACAAGUCAGUGGAUGAAUCAAGUUGAUCACUUGAUCCAGGCCGCUCGUCAGUCAUCGGUUCUUCAGCUGGAAGAUGAGGUGCAUUAUCGCCUGGGGACAUGGCUGCAAGGCCACAAGUCAGAUAACCUCUGGAUUAAAGGGCCUCACGGCGUUCCUCGGCCCAGCCCAAGUUCCUUGACUGCAGUGUCUCUGGCGGCAUUGGCACGGACUAACAGCAUCCCCUGCAUCAUCUACUUUUGCACCUUCGCAGACCAUCACCACUCAGAGUUGCCCCAGGGGGUCAGCCUAGGUUUAUUUCUUGCCUCCGUUGUGACACAGCUGGUCCAACUAUUACCAGCUCAAGGAUACGCUGGGAUGGACCUCUCUCCUACACGUUUUGCUGCCCUCGCGCGGGGCGACUUGGGGGUGGUCGAAACACUUCAGCUGAUCAGGGACGUGCGGAGUAUUGGUCCAAGGUUGGUGUAUGGCUUCAUAGAUAACUUCCAGGUCCUGGAGGAUCGGUCCGACGAAGCCUAUACCCGAGACUUUUUGAAGACCAUCGCGACACUGUGUACGCUGAAUCGUGAGAGUCACCUCCCAGAAAACUUAGUCACCACGAACAAUAAGGCGGUUGCAGGGACGAAAGUAUGUUUCACCUCGGAAGGAUACGUAGAUGGUCUGGCGCAGGCUGCAGGGCUGCAAUUGAUCGAUACGGUUGACUUUGACCUUGUUACGAGUGUUUCUAUGGAAGACGUCGGCGAAGAAAUUUUAUGGGAGAGGGACUGA